AUGCCGCGAGUGAUUGUUGGGAAUAAUUUUGGCUUUGGCAAAGCACUGGCUCAUGAAGAAUAUGAUUUAAGACAGUCGAGAAAUUGUUUCCUCGAUACGUUGUCCUUACACGCCGUGGUGAACGGGAUAUGCUCAUGCCGGAGACCAACAUGGAUUAGACAUAAGAAAAAUAAGGAACUUAGGGAAUGGUUUGAGAAGGAGGAUCAUGGGGAUGACCUUCGUGCAAUGUUGAAUGCGGGCCUACAUGAAGGUGAGGUAGAGGAAUUAUGGGUUAGGCGAAGCGCGAUAAAUUCACUGGGGGAGGGGACCAAAUUUCAUUACGAUAUCGAACUCAAUAAGGAAGUGCGAAACUAGUUUGGAGGAGAAAGUGUGAGGGAUAUGCUCAAAAAUUUGGAUGAGCUUCUGAACUAUUGCGCCGAGGAUGUCGUCGCCACACAUAAGGUUUAUUAGAAAGUACUUCUAGAGUUUUUGGAGGCAUGUCCACAUCCGGUCAGUUUCGCAGCUCCUCGGCAUCUUUCUUCGGCCAUACUCCCGGUUAACAGCUCUUGGGGCUAGUAUCUUAAGGCCGCCGAGGAUACUUAACAGGAAACGCCGGACCGCGUGAAAAAGCGUCCGGUGGAGCUUGCGGAAUUGGCAUUGGCGCUCAAAGCGCGAGGUUUAUGGGAAUGA